AUGGUGGUGAAUUCAAUCAAUCGGAAUGACAAACAACAAUCGCUACAUUAUGGACUGCCACGAAUAUCCCACAAAUACAUGCCAAAUAUAUCACGAGAAGUGCAUGUGAUGGAAACGGUACCACUAAAUCCCGGGACGCUAAGUAAUUUCCAUAAGGAUUGUUUAACUUGCAUUGAGAAUGGCUUUACAGGUGUACGCUUUACGCUGAAUAAAUUUAUCCCAUCAUCCAGCAUUAAGUUGAACAAUAAAAUAAGAGUAGGAAUAGCACAAAUAGAUAGUGAACUAAUCACGAAGUACAUUACGACAAGACGGACACGACUUGGUGAACAUAGCAUUCUGGUUGAAGCUGUCACCAAUUUUAUUGUCCCAUGGCCUUCGAUAAGCAUUUCACAGGCACUCGACGAUUUCCUGUACAUGUCGGUGGCGUGCUCUCCACAAGAUAAUAUACCAAAAGCUGAUGUAGAGCUGGAAUAUUAUGGUCGUACAGGAACUUUAGCCUUUAAAUAUACCGGUUGGCCAUCGUAUCCAGAUACAAUCUAUUCGACCAGUUAUUUGCGAAGUAUAACACAAAAGCUAGCGCUUGGUUCACAAUUAACGUUUCGUUAUUUUGCGCUACCGGAACCCAAUCAGAAAUUAUUUGAUAUCACUUACUACGCACAGUAUAAAGGAUCGGCUUACACAGCAUGUUUUGAUUUCUGUAAAAGUAACGGAUAUCAUUUUUCAUAUUUCCGAAAUAUCGACAAAUAUUUAGCAUGUGCUGUUGACAUAGCAGGUUCGGUAAAUCUCAAGAAAUUAACAGGCACCAUAGCUGUCAGAAGAAAAAUACCGAAAUAUGGAUCAGUCAUUACUGGACAUUUAACAAGUGAUGGAGCAGUUACAUGUCUUUUCAAAAAGCGCUUCACCGGGGAUUUUCCCAUCUCAGUGACGUUGUCUGGGUCUUACAAUUUUUUUGCUGGCGAAUGCGGUUUUGGGAUUGGUCUUUGCGCCUGA